UUGUCAGAAAAGCCAACAACUUUUACAAUCACUGUGACAUCUGAAGCAGGAGAAAAUGAUGAAACUGUCCAAACAACCCUUAAAUUUACCUAUAGAGAAAAAUAUCCUGAUGAAACUCCGCUUUAUGAAGUUGUCUCACAGGAGAAUCUUGACGAUAAUGAUGUCACAGACGUAAUAAAACUACUAGAACAACAGGCAGAAGAAAAUUUAGGAAUGGUAAUGAUCUUCACUCUAGUCUCAGCAGUACAGGAGAAGUUAAAUGAAAUAGUGGAUCAAAUAAAAACACGAAGAGAAGAGGAAAAGAAACAGAAAGAAAGAGAAGCAGAAGAAGAGGAGAAACAACGUUUUCAUGGCACUCCUGUUACCAUUGAGAAUUUCCUGAAUUGGAAAGCCAAGUUUGAUGCAGAACUACUAGAAAUUAAAAAGAAAAAAAUGAAAGAAGAAGAACAAGCAGGCAAAAAUAAAUUAAGCGGUAAACAGCUGUUUGAAAUGGAUCACAACCUUGACACCUCUGACAUCCAGUUCUUGGAGGAAGCUGGAAACAGUGUGGAGGUUGAUGAAUCUUUAUUUCAAGAAAUGGAUGAUUUAGAGUUGGAGGAUGAAGAGGAUGACCCUGACUACAACCCUGUUAAUUUAGAUAGUGAUUAGACUUUGGAACUGUCUCUGUCAUCAGUAUGGACAUAUGUAAGGAGAGAGGACCAGACAGGAAAGCCACAGCAUCUGUGGUUUUAGUAAUGUGUAUUGGUUCUCUCUUUUUUUUUUUUUUUUCCCCCAAAGAAAAAAGCCAAAAUAUUUUAAAUCCAGGAGAAUAGUCUUCUGAUGACUUUCAUCAUAAAUAAAUUUACUUUAAUGUUUCCAAUGAAAAA